AUGAAGGGCUCCAUGCUCCUCGCCGCCGGCGCCAUGCUCGGCUCCGCCCAGGCCGGCGUCCACAAGAUGAAGCUCAAGAAGGUGCCUCUGGCCGAGCAGCUGGAGCACGCCAACAUCGGCGACCACGUCAAGGCUCUCAGCCAGAAGUACAUGGGCUCGCGCCCGCAGGUCAACACCGUCGAGGACAUCUUCAGGACUCAGCCCAUCGAAGCUGACUCGGAGCACCCCGUUCCCAUCACCAACUUCCUGAACGCUCAGUACUUCUCCGAGGUGUCGCUCGGCACUCCCCCGCAGAACUUCAAGGUCAUCCUCGACACUGGCAGCUCUAACCUGUGGGUGCCGUCGUCUGAGUGUGGCUCCAUCGCCUGCUACCUCCACACCAAGUACGACUCGAGCUCCUCGUCCACAUACAGCAAGAACGGCAGCACCUUUGAGAUCCGCUAUGGCUCCGGCAGCCUCAGCGGCUUCGUGUCCAACGACGUCUUCACCAUCGGUGAUUUGACUAUCAAGGACCAAGACUUUGCCGAGGCUACCUCGGAGCCUGGUCUGGCCUUUGCCUUCGGCCGCUUCGACGGUAUUUUGGGUCUUGGUUACGACACCAUCUCCGUGAACCACAUCGUCCCUCCCUUUUACAACGCGAUCGAGCAGGGCCUUCUCGACGAGCCCGUCUUCGCCUUUUACCUGAGCGACACCAAUGAUGAGGGUUCCGAGUCCGUCGCCACCUUUGGUGGUGUCGACAAGGACCACUACUCCGGCAAGCUCACCAAGAUCCCGUUGAGGCGUAAGGCCUACUGGGAGGUUGACCUCGAUUCCAUCACCUUCGGUGAUCAGACCGCCGAGCUCGACAACACCGGUGCCAUUCUCGACACCGGCACCUCCCUGAUUGCUCUUCCCUCCACUCUUGCCGAGCUCCUGAACAAGGAGAUUGGUGCCAAGAAGAGCUUCAACGGCCAGUACACGGUCGAGUGCGACAAGCGUGACGGUCUGCCCGACCUCACCUUCACCCUCACCGGCCACAACUUCACCAUCACUUCGUACGAUUACAUCCUCGAGGUCCAGGGCUCCUGCAUCUCUGCCUUCAUGGGUAUGGACUUCCCCGAGCCUACCGGCCCUCUUGCCAUCCUGGGAGAUGCCUUCCUGCGCAAGUGGUACUCGGUCUACGACCUGGGCAACGACGCCGUCGGCCUUGCCAAGGCCAAAUAA